UGGGAUCACAAUUGCAACUUACUCGCCGUUUUUAAAAAAUCUUGUUUCCAAACACUUUCACAAAAAUAUUUAUAAGAUUUGUCAUAAAUUUCUAAAGUUAUAUCUUUAAAUUUCAAAUGAAGAUGACGGAGAUUAUAAAUCAAAAGUGUUGUAAAAAUGUGGAAGUGUUUCGUAACAUGAUUCAAGGAUUAGUGGACAGACAUGAUUACGAGUCCGCUACAUUCUGGGCUGAUAAGCUAGUCUCGAUAAGUAACGGGUCACAACAGGAUGUUUAUACCUUGGCAAAGUGUAUGUUUCUUUCCGGCCAGUUUCACAGAGCGGCUAACGUUUUAAUUUUCUACCAGUACGAAAGGACAAAUCUUCACUUUCGCAGCUUAACGGCAAGAUGUUUAUAUAAAGCACGAGAGUACCAAAAGGCCUUAGAAGUGUUGGACCUAGAAAACAAAAGUGUUCAUCCGGGACAAAAAGUGAGGGCAAGCGUUUGGGAACCAGCAGAUUCUCAGAAAUCUAUUAUGGGUCAAGUUCACUUGAUACGAGGCAAAAUUCACGAAGCAUUGAUGAAUCGAAUUUUAGCAGCACAUAACUAUAAGGAAGCGUUGGCCAGUGAUAUUUAUUGUUUUGAAGCGUUUGAAUUGUUGACACAAAAUCAAAUGUUGUCUCGAGCAGAAGAGAUGACACUUCUUCAAUCAUUGCCGUUCUCAAAAUCAUGUACCAACGGAGACGUUGAAUUUGUCAGAUUUUUGUACACUUCAAAAGUUAAAAAGUACCCUACCGCAGAACCUACCGCUGUUGUAAUAUUCCCUUCAUUGAAGAAAAACUUGGACAUAUUGACGGGAGAAGCUGAGCGUCAUUUCUACAACUGUGAUUUUCAGACAUCUUUUAAAAUGUCGUCACAAGUGAUCACUGAAGAUCCCUUUCAUAUGGGAUGUCUCCCCGUCUAUGUUGCGUGCCUCGUAGAAAUGAGCAAAAUUACAGAAUUAUUCAAAGUUGCCCAUAGACUCGUCGAGGUCAUGAGCGAUUCUGCAUUGUCGUGGUAUGCAGUCGGUGCAUAUUAUUUCCUCAUAGGGAAACAGGACAAUGCACGACGACAUUUGAACAAAUCAUUAUCUUUGAAUCCGGUAUUUGGUCCCGCCUGGUUAUUAUUUGGUCACUCAUUUGCCUCUGAAAAUGAACACGACCAAGCAAUGGCUGCGUAUUUUAAGGCAACUCAAUUAAUGAAAGGCUGCCAUUUACCAAUGCUUCAUGUUGGAAUGGAAUGCGGUCUGAGUAACAACCCACUCCUUGCAAUGAAAUUUUUAGAGGAAGCCAGACUUCUCGCCCCGAGGGAUCCAUUCAUUCGUCAUGAAAUGGGAGUCGUAAAAUUUAGCGAGAAAAAAUAUGACGAAGCACAUUCAUUUUUUAUGGAAACUCUUGGCCUUCUUGAGAAACCGAGUUAUUCCGUAUCUUUUAAAAAAUGGGAACCACUCUACAAUAACUUGGGGCAUGUUUUACGGAAGAUGCUGAAAUAUGAUGAAGCUCUGGCCUUCCAUCAAAAGGCCUUGGUCAUUUGUCCAUCAAAUGCCUCCACCCAUUCUGCCAUCGGACUGAUCCAUGCAAUUACUGGCAAGACUGAAUCGGCAAUCGAAUCUUUUCAUAAAGCACUUUCUAUACGAAGAGAUGACGCUUGUAGUAACACAAUGUUGCGAUAUUGCGUAGAGAAAUUAGUAGAAGAUUCGCAUGAAGAUGACGAGAAUGUGGUUGUAAUGUCGGACGAGGAAGAAGAGAAAAUUUACGAUCGGCCAAUGAGAACCAGAUCUGGAAAACUUAAAUCAGCGGACGUGACCCCACGCGGAUCUACAGAUAGUAUUGAGGCACUACCCGAGCCGAAAAGAACACGAACUCCGAGAAAGAAAGACCACGACAAGGAUAUGGAAGCGCCUGGACAGCUUUCGUUCUUUAAAUUUAGUUUGUCGAGUAUGCAAGAUUCACCUGAACGAGAAAAACGUCAUGCACCAAAUUCGACGCCAUCAUCAACCCCGACAGCUACAAGUACUCCGACUGAUAAUGACGGACGACGAAGGACACGCAGAGAGCUUAGGAGUACGGUAUCUACCCCUGCCCCGCCAGAAAGUACUACUCGAACCCUGGUAGCCAACUCUUCUUCAGAUGACACAGAUAGCUAAUUAUUAGUAAUCUCUAGCUUUAGAUAUGUUGUUUUCUAGAAUUUUCAAAUUUCUGUGAUUUCUAUUUAAAAAUAUUGUUACAAACAAACGUUGAGAAAUCUUUACAGAAUAAAAAUUAAUUUAUUGUCCAUUAGUUAA